UCCUGCCUGCCAGCUGGGGCGGCUCAACCCGUCCCGUCCCUGACCGGUGCCGCUCGCCGGGGGAUGCCGCGCCCCGCGCCCCGCGGCUGAGCGGGUCCCGCCGGGGCUCCAUGGGCUGCACCGGCAGCGCCCUGCGCUGCUGCCCCGUCGGUGCCGAGAGACAGCUAAAAGCCCAGCAGCAGAGGGGAUUGGCUUCCCAGGAGCUCUCGGCCCUGAAGACACAGAAUGCCAAUGCCUCCCUGCUUCCUGAGCAUGGGGAGAAGGCAGCGCGGGCAGAGGAGUGGACGGACAGUGCGAGAUUCCUCCAAGGCCAGGAGGAGGAGGAGGAGCGGCUGCAGGAUGCUGGCCAGGCAGGCACUGCGAGCAUCUCCCAGGACACUGAGAUCCAGGUGGAAAAGGGAAAAGAGCUGGGGCUGAAGGAACAGCUUGAUGCCCUGAGGAGAGAGCACACAGAAACCCUGCAAGAGCUCCAGGGAGCACAUGAGCAGGAGAAGCUGCUGCUGACAGAGUCCCACCACAGGUCUGAGGCAGCCUUACAGGAGAAAAUUCAGGCAUUGAAUUCCCAGCUGAAAUCCUUCCAGGAGAGGAUGAAGCGGGUGGAGGAGUCACUCUUGAGAACAGACUACAAGAAGCACAUCCAGGAGCACGGGAGCCCCAGCCCCUUCUGGGAGCAGGAGCUGGAGAGCCUGCACUUCGUCAUCGAGAUGAAGAACGAGCAAAUCCAUGGCCUGGACAAGAAGCUGCUGCACCUGGAAACCGUGGAGGAGAGGAACCUUCUGCUGGAGGAGAAGGUGAAAACUCUCCAGCAGGAGAACGAGGACCUGCAAGUCCGCACCCAGAACCACUUGGUCAUGGCGAGGCAGCUGUCCGAGGAGCUCCAGAACGCCCGCGGGGCGCUGGAGAAGGAGGCGCAGCUGCUGGAUCAGGCUCGCCGAGAGAAGGAGGAGCUGCUGUACCGUGUGCUCAACGCCGGGGACGGCACCCCCUUCCCCAUAGCUACCGGCGAGGUGCCCCUCAUCGCCACGUAGCACCGACGGCACGGCGCGCUGCCGGGGACUGCCGGGGACUGCCCCGCAGCCCUGUGAGCCCAGGGCUGCUCUCACCAGUGCCCCCCAGUCGGGGCAGGGCUCCGGGCUGGCCGAGCCCUCGGGGUGCCUCACGGACCAGAGCGAUGGAGCAUUUCAUGGGACGAUUACGCCUGCAUUUCCCCAGCCCGUGUGGGGCUGCAGAGGGACCCUGGCCUCCCACCCACGCAGUCCCUGCGCCCCUUCCUCUGGUGAGGGGCUGUCUGUGGCUGAAAGGGCUCAGCCAGGACAGACAGACUUGCAUUGGGCCGGAUCUGACCUAGCGCUUGGCUCUGAGUAUAAACAGCACCAGUGCUGCCCCAGGGCAUGAGGAGGAUGAGGAGGCCACUAGGACAGGAGGGGGACAAGCACCGGGAGGAUGAGGAGGGCACUGGGGACAUGAUGUUAACCUCACCAGGCAGGGCUCCCACCCAUGCCCUCCUAUUCCCAUCACCUCCUCCACCUUCAGCAAAUGUCUCCCAGGUACAGCUCCUGCAUGUCCCAGCUGACUGCCACAAAGACCCCAAGCCCUACUUGUCCCUGCUGCCCCUCAGCAGCACCACCAGUCCCAUCUUCUCCCACAAAAGCUGGACAGAGGCUGGAGCUGCACCUCAGGGAGCAGAGCAUCUUCCCAGGGGGUAGCAGGCUUUGGCAGGUCACAUCUCUCUGCUCGAGGCAGGGCAUCCCCAUCAGGGAAGGUGCUGCCAGCAUGGCUGUGGGUCAGGGCUGGAUGCACACAAGCACUUUCCCCUGGGUGCACGAGUGUGAUGGGAGUCUCUGCUCUGGGGCUGUCACAGGCCUGUCCCCUCCCCAGGACUGUUUAGCCAGAGCUGUACGUGUGUGUGGGUGGGUGUGUGUGGGUUUGUGUGUUUGUGGGUGUGUGUGUGCACCAGCCAAGGUGCUGCUGCCUGUAAUGAUUACAGAUCUGUAAGAAGCAGCAGCCUCAGGAGUCCCAUGUCAGUGGUUUGGGGGACUGGUGCAGGAGUGUCCCAGAGUGGGGCUGUGUGCUCCACACCCCACACAGUGGGAAGAAGGGGAAGGGUGGGAGCUGGCACCACAAAGACUCAACAAGGAAACUCCACAUGAGGCCCUUAAGGCUGAUCCCCAUUUUCCUGUUCCUUCCUUCUUUUCCUUCAUUUCAAUGGGCUCCCAGCUCAGGGCAGACCCAGACCCUCCCAGCAUCAGGGCCACUGCAUCAGUCACUUCCCUCCUUUGUGCUGACCCUAAUCAGAAAUUCAGCAGCUGAAUGGGCAGCCAGGAAGGCAACGUGGAUGGGGGAUCCAGCUCUGACCCACAAACCUCCAUGGGGUUGCCAGAGGGGGAAAUGGGGGAGCCUGUUGUGUCAGAGCCAUGUCCCACCCACCAGGGCAUCCUCUGCUCCACGCAUCAUCUGUGCCUCCCCCAGGUGCUGUAGCACCAAAGCAGGGGAAAGCCCAGCAAAUCCUGCCUGGUUAUGGCUGAAGGGAUCAGGAUUUCUGGACAAGGGGAUACGAGGCUGGUGGGAUCUGGGAUCCUGCUCUGGACACCUGGUACCACGUCCCAGUGCCCCAAAGGCAGAUCCUGCGUGGGACUUGGAAGAAUGUGCCUGACUCUGGGAAAGGGGACACUGGGAACUGAGGAGGAGGAAUAAAUGAGUGCAGAAAAGGACUUGCACACUAUGAAAGGGGAAAAGCCUGGACCAGGCAGUACCUUGGCAGUCAUGGGGGGGAUGAUAGGUCCUGGGUGCCCAGACAAAAUGGAGGGUCAGGGCAGCACAAAA